CUAUUGACUUCUUCUAUACGUGGUGGUAACCUGCUGUUCUGUCAAUGAGCGAGCAGAAGCAUGACAUCGAGGAAAUUCCAAGCGCUUGUGCAAUUCUUCACCUACCUAGGUACCGAAGCAGGUAUUCGACGCGUCCGUAGGCAGCAACACAGUGACCCACGCCAAUCCGACUAAUUGCACAAAGGUUUCGAGCCUUCCUCUCAACCUCACUUCCUGAUCUUUUUAUCCCGAUGAAUCAAACCUUCAACUUACCAUAACUUGACUUCUUAUCACAAACGUCUCAACUCGUCCUCGCUGACUUCAAAAUGCCCUCUACUCGAGGAUGGAUUCCGAUCCCAUGCGCCCGAAUGUGCCGUGCUUACCACCUGAGAUCAUCGCAAGAUUGCUGGGAUCUUUGCAAGCUACGAUCCAUCAAUCGUGUAUUCCGUGAUUGUGCGAUGCCUUUAUAUUUCUGGGUCGUCACGUUUCCCCCCUACGGCACUACAAUGACAUUCAACAAGGCGGAGUUGCGAGUACCGUCUGGGCUUCAAUCGAGGUGUUCACCUGGAAGCCAUCAAUAUCUUGGAACGAUGGAUCAACAUAUGUGCUACGUGCAUAUGAGCGAUUCCAAUCCAAGCACAUCAUUCUCGAGAAUUCCAAAGCACCUGUUCAGCGACUUCGGUAUGAGCACUGUUCUGCCUCAAAUGAUUUCAAAAUGCUCGAGGUUACGCCAGUUGCAGAUCAAUCUUCCUAAACAACGCUGACGAUUCAAGUAUAACGACGAAGUUGUGACACAUGGAUCGCAGCCUUUUUCUUGGCCGCUAUGCAUCUUCGUCAAUUCGCCAGUCAAGCAUGUGAGCAUCAGCAACUUGCGCAUA